AUGUCACAAAUACGUUCACAAAAAAAUCAAGAAAAAUAUUCUCAUGACGGAUUUAUUUAUGUAAAAGAUCGAAUUAGCAGUUUGGGAGACAAAAUAUUUUGGCGUUGUGAUUUGUUAAAUCAUGGAUGUAAAGGAAGAAUCCACACAGCCUCUGAUAUUGAAAGAACUUUCAUAAAAUUGGUGACAGAACAUACUUGCUCGUUAACUGGAAAUGCUGCUAGAGUUGGGGUUCAGAAAGCUGUUAGCGCUGUUAGAAGUAGAGCAAGGGAAUCGUUGGAUAUGGUUCCUAGCCAGAUAAGGGCGUCUGUGGUUGAAGAACUUCCGGAAGCUAUUUUAGGAAGAAUGCCCAAUCAAAAUGCCUUAAGAAAAGUUGUGCAAAGAGCGCGUUAUAUUGAUCGAAAACCACCAAAAAUAAUUACAAAAACAUCUCCAAAACAUCGCAUAGAUUUUUCAUACUUACAACAACAAGCACAAAAUUCUUCAUCUGCAGAUCUUGAUAAUGAAAGUUUUGUUUUGUCAGAUUUUAAUGUUGGGGCUGAAGAACAAGCUGAGGAACAAUUGUCGGUUUUUGGUUACCCAAAAUCGUUGUCUGGAAGUGUUUGUAUUAUAACUGGAGCAAGUGAAGGUAUUGGGGCAUCAAUUGCUCAAGCAUUGGCUCAAGAAACGGGCGUUUUUGCUGUUUUGGCUUCUAGACAGCUUAGCCUUUUGGAGGAUACAAUUAAACGACUACCAACAGAUCGCUUUAUCGCCACAAAAUGCGAUAUUACUAAAAGGACCGAAGUUCAAGAAUUGGUUCGACAGACAAUUCACAGAUUUGGGCGAAUUGAUAUUUUGAUUAACUGUGCUGGUGCUAUGUACUACACAAUGGCUUAUAAAGGAUAUACUGAGGAAUGGCAUCGCCAAAUUGAAGUCAACAUUCAUGGAACUACAAACAUUAUUGGUGAAAUAAUCCCUCAUAUGGUUGAACACCAUUCUGGACAUAUUCUUACAAUUACGUCUGAUGCUGGAAAAAGGGCCUUCCCCGGUUUAGCUGUUUAUUCUGGCACAAAAUUUUACUUGGAAGGCUUCAUUUCUGCUUUGCGUCAAGAACUUGUUGAAUAUGGAAUUAGAUUUACAAAUAUACAACCUGGGGAUGUUGCUACUAAAUUGGCUAGUCGAUCAACGGAUGUUGAGGCACGUGAAAAAUAUGAUGGAUCCGAGGCUGGACACAAAAUUUUGACUGGAGACGAUAUUGCAAGGUCUGUUCUAUUUGCACUUACACAACCACAACAUGCUGCAAUUAACGAGUUAUUAAUAGAACCUCAAGCAGCUCCUAUUUGAUUUCUUUUAAAGUUUUUAUUUUAUAAGAACUUAUGAACAGAUGGAAUGCUGAUAUUGGAUUUGGCUACAAUGGAGAAGAUGAACCUGGGAAAAAGCCUGGAGCUGAUAUUUUGAAGGUUUUUUUUGGAAAAUUUUGUAAGGGGGAUUUUAACUCUAAGUGUCUAGUUUUUUUCCUCCCCAAUGAU